AUGCAUGUCAGAUGCAAGGCGACUCUGCUGGGCCUGCUGAGCAGCUGUGCAGAUGUGGAGUUGGCUCUGCAGAGCCGUGAGUGCCAGAUCAGCAGCCUGCAGUGCCAGUUGGAGCAGCUGAGACGCCACAACACCACGCUGGAGACAGAACUGCAGCAGAUACACACCCACAACACAACACUGCAGUUCUCCAUUCAGGAACAUGAGGAACGGAAACAGGCCAUCCUGGCGCGUAACCACGGCUACAGGAGGAGGAUGCAGGAGCAUAAGAAGGCGUUGGAGGAGGCGCGGAGCCACAUGCCCAUCAACAGGGAACUACUGGAGACCAGGGAGCUACUCAGACUCCUACGAGGAGGAGGAGGAGGAGAGGCGGACACACUAGAGACCGACUUACACAACGAGUGUGAUGCUGGAGGUGUAGACAGCAGCAUCCUGAUGAAGGUCAAGUCAGUGGAGGAAAAACAGGCCAUACUACGCAAGGAGAGAGAAACACACGCACAACUAAGGAAGGAUAUAGAGAUCCAGAAUAAGCGUUUUGAUGCCAUCGUGAAGCGGCUGCGGUGCCAGCUGAGCAAGGCCCAGUUCGACCAGCGAGAUCUCAUCUCCGACAUCAAGCGCAUGGAGAGGAGAGUGGAGGAGCUCACCGCACAGCUGGGGGAGCAGGAGGAGUAAGAGGAGGAGGAGGAGGAGGAGGAGGAGGAGGAGUAGAAACAUCAUCAUCAAGCGCAUGGAGAGGAGAGUGGAGGAGCUCACUGCACAGCUGGGGGAGCAGGAGGAGUAGGAGGAGGAAGAGGUGGAGGAGG